GCUCUCCUCGAUGAAGCUUGUAUGUUUCCAAAAUCAACCCACGAAACAUUUGCAAACAAGUUAUAUCAGACUUUUAAGGCUCACAAGAGAUUCAUCAAACCAAAACUCUCUCGAACAGAUUUUACCGUUGCUCAUUAUGCCGGAGAAGUUCUAUAUCAGUCUGAUCUAUUUCUGGAUAAAAACAAGGAUUAUGUGAUCCCUGAACACCAAGAUUUGUUGGGAGCUUCCAAAUGCCCUUUUGUCGUGGGUCUUUUCCCUCCACUCCCUGAAGAAACAUCUAAAUCUUCAAAGUUUUCAUCUAUUGGUUCUCGUUUCAAGCUGCAACUCCAGCAACUGAUGGAAACAUUAAAUUCUACCGAGCCUCAUUACAUCAGAUGUGUGAAGCCUAACAAUCUCUUAAAACCUGCCGUAUUUGAGAAUGUGAACAUCAUGCAGCAGCUGCGUUGUGGUGGUGUUUUAGAGGCGAUCAGAAUUAGUUGCGCAGGGUAUCCAACACGUAAACCUUUCUUUGAGUUUGUCAACCGCUUCGGACUUCUAUGUCCUUCGGCUUUAGAAGGGAGCUACGAUGAGAAAGUCGUGUGUAAAAAGAUAUUGGACAGCAUGGGACUUAAAGGAUACCAG